AUUAAACGAAAAACAACAAAACGAAAAUCUAAACAUUAAAAACUGUCCGGUUUAUUUCACAAUGGAUCAAUUAAAUGAUGAUUGUGUGUGCCAUAUACUAGAAUAUCUAGCUCUCGUUGAUCAAAUUAAGAUGUCACGCCUCUCCGAACGCUUUCGAGACCUUCUCUGCCUUAUUGUAUGGCGUAAACCACGAUAUCGAAAUGUUUCCGUUUCCGACACCAUGCUCGAGCCUUUAAGCAAAGCGGAUUACAUAUAUUUCUUUGAACUCACCAGUGAAGCCAUGGAGGAGCUGUACGUCUGGAAUGUCUAUAAUAAGGCUUUUGACUCAUACUUGGGACGACAUCUCUUAAGGCCUGAAUUGGCCUUUUAUUUGAGCAGAGAUUUUGGUAAUCUUCGCAAGCUCUGUAUUGCAGAUGCUAGUAUGAACAACAGUAUGAUACAUACAGUAGCCAAAAAUUGCAUAAAACUAACAAGUCUAAGUGUAUCCAGUCCCUACAUAACCGGCAAGCAUAUGAUUGGCUUCACAAAACUGGAUACCUUGGUGGCCAGGGAAUGUUCCAUUGAACCAAAUUUCUUAGAAGAACUACUGGAUCAACGUAAACUAACCUAUUUGGAUCUCACAUCGAACAGACACGAUGUGGAAGAAGUUAUAUUAAAAACGUCAGGCUCAAAACAUUUACAACGUUUGGGUCUUUCCAAUGCACAGGAUUAUGGAUUCCAUUUAGCCCAACAGCUCUCUCAGUUAACGACUCUAGUGGUUAGCUAUCAUGACAUUGAACCAGACCAACAACUUGAAAUGCUAGAACGAACUCGAAAAUUAGUUGAAAAUUCUAAUUGUAAAAAAUUUCCGCAACGCUUGCAAUCGAUUUUAUGCAAUGUUGUUGAUGUUGAAGUUGCGUUAGAGCUAAUCAGUGGCCUCGAAACGCGUCAACCCAGAGAAGCACCCAAAUAUAGUGAGCUAUUGAAGAUAAUGUACUAUUUGUCCAAACCAGAAAUGAUUGCCUGAGAAUCUUUUUUAUGUAUUUAGGUUUUUCUUUUGCUUACUUACACUUGUGUGAAUAUUCCUUCAACUCUUUAUCUCUGGGCUAAAGUCUACGACAGUUGGUGAUAAGAUUUAUAUUUUUCUUUCUUGUAUAAAACCUUUUGAAAUGUUUUUGAAAUCUACACUCUUUCUUACCCUUUGCCAAGAUCAUUUAAUCUUGUAUUUGUAAAUACUAUCGUAAUCGGAGAUUAUUUAGUUGUAGGCAAUAAAUCAAUUGUGAUUUUGUAUAAAAAUGUGUUCUACGUUUAUGUUGAACAUAAAGUUAUUAUAAUUGAUCAGAUCAACAAUGGCAAACGGCAUAUAUGUAUUAUAUGUACAGUCAUAAUCAGAAGAGUCAGAGAGUCUUAUACAUAUAUGUAUAUAUUAUCGGUGCAUUAAGUUCUCGCUUUUAUAUUAAUAUUAUUAACGACCUCUUGAUUCUGAGAAAAAAAUAGAAUAAACUUAGAUUUAAAGCGUGAACUCAAAUUCUAAGUUCAAAAAUCCUAUCGAUUUGCCCAAGUUUUAGUUUUAACUACUAAUUUUUUCAAAGCCUUAACUUCUUUUCUUAAUUAUCCAUUUGUCAAAUAGUUUAUAAAUCUUGUUAUUGACUUAGUUAUAUCCUAACAUUAUGAUAUGGUCGACCACUUUUCCAGACUUUUGAGCAAAAAUAUUCACUAAAUAAAAAUUACAUUAC